CACGUCGGAUUCACGAUUUUUCGCACAAAAUUAUAUGCCGCGUAGACGAUACAAUUUUUUUAAAGGUAAUAAUAACGGCACCUAUAUAGGCACCUCGAGGUUUCCAGCGCGGAAACAGUUGAUUGUCGCCUCUCUGGUUACUUUAUAAACGCUGAUUAACUUUAAGCGCAAUCAAAACAAAUCAGAAUUAAUUCAAACCGAAAGACUGGGACACAGAGAUGUUGCAACUGGUGUUCAUCUUGGCGUUAUGCAUCUGCCCAGCACUCCCAAAGGAGCAACACCAGCAGGAGGGGACACCUCAACUGAGACUCUGGCUGACGAUAAGCGCACGCAAACGAUUCCUGGAAGUCUCCUGGAAGCAUGCUCCAGCUCGGGAUGGGGAUAAUGUUUUGUUAACUGCACAGGAUCCGCAUAGUUUUGAGCAGCGUAUUCUGCCCACGGGAACACCACUCGCAUCCUUCAACAGUGAUGGUGUGGAGGGCAGCGGUUCGAGUGGGGAUCAGGUGGCAUUUAUACCGUUUAAUGGUUACACCAGCACGCCGGGCUCUGUACCAAAGGCGCCGACAAUUGGACCACGCCUGCAUUGGAUUUCGAAUAAUGGCAACAAUGAGAUCGUGGCUGCCAUUAAACCAAGUCAAUCCGCCCAAUGGUUCACCACUGGUGUGCCCUUUGAUUAUGCCCUCUCGCGUAAUGUGAGCACGGAGAGUGCCUGCUACGGCUACUGGGCCAGCUACAUCGAUGCCCAUGGGCAUAUACUGGCCAAGAGCUGUGUGAGCGCCCAUCCACGCUGGAUGAAUGAGAUGCGUGCCGUGUUGGGUGGACUGCGUCUGCGAGAUCUCUUCAUACCCGGCACCCAUGAUUCGGGCUCAUAUCGACCCAAUUUCGAUCCGCUGUUGCGCGAGAGUCUUGUGACCAAGUACGCUCUCACCCAGGACGAUGAUAUACGUGGCCAGUUGCUGCACGGUGCUAGAUAUCUGGACAUUCGAGUGGGCUACUUUAGCCCAGCGGAGGAGAAGUUCUUCAUUUAUCAUGGCAUCACGAAACAGCGGCCACUCAACGAGGUCAUACAGCAAGUCAAGGAUUUUGUGCUGGCCACCAAUGAGAUUGUGAUUUUCGGACUCAAAGAGUUCCCUGUGGGUUUCGGCAAGGGUCUGGGUGUGCAUCGGCUGCUGGUCAGCUAUUUGCGCCAGCAAUUUGGGGAUCUUUUUGUGCAUCCAUCGCUGACAUGGCACGCGACCCUGGACGACAUCUGGAGGCGAAAACAGAAUGUGAUAUUGGCCUACGAUAAACACGAAAUGGUUGAGGAGUUUCCUCAGCUGCUCUUUGGCGCCGUCGAUCAGCGCUGGGGAAAUGUGCAAUCCUGGACACGUCUCGAACGACAUUUGCGCUUCAUCAACGAUUUCGAUGUGUCUCGCUUCUCGAGUCGGCCUGUGGUGGAUAUGGCGGAGCUAACACCGCAGACCUGGGAUGUCAUACUGGACAAGCAUGGUGGGCUACGCAAAAUGGCCGAUAAUGUCAAUUGGCGCAUCUCGCAGCUAUAUCGGGACGAGCUAGGCGGACAUGCCAAUAUUGUGGCAGCCGAUUUCAUACGGGGCACAACUCUAAUCGAUACCGCCAUCGAUUUGAACAGGCGCAAAAUUGCGUAUUAGACACAAAAUAACACAGUUCAGAUAUAUAUAUAUAUAUAUAUAUAUAGAUGUAUAUAUAAUCACAAACAACCAUAACUGUAAUAGACACAUUCACAAUAACAUUUAUAAAAUCCAUCUGAAUAAGUCACAAUAUUUGUUGUGUUGUGUGUGUGUUUUACAAAUUGUAGUAUAUUGAUAAAUAUGGUAUAUACUUAGUAUUAUUUAUGCUUAUAGUUUAGAUUCCCUAAAAGUGUCACCAUUGAGGCAAGUACAUACUUCCAUAUACUUUAUAUAUGUAUAUUUGUAUGUUAGAAACUCAACGCUUAAGAACUUAAAAUCCUUGCGACUGCCAUCAUCACGUGAAUAAAUACAAAAAAUAAUA